AUGACCAAAUUCGCCAUCCUGUCCGCUUUGGUUCUCCUUUGCGCUUAUGUCCCUGGAGGACAAGCCGGUCCUGCCAUGGUGAAAGGGCAAUUGGGAGCAGAGCAUGGUCAUCCUGUCGCUGCGAUCCCCACAAAAGUCAUCGAAGCUCGACAGGCCGUCGUUACUUCCGUCGUUGGAGGAGUCACCUCUAUCAUCGGGGGCGCCAGAGAUGGUUUGGUCAUCUCCCUUGGUGGAGAAGUUACCCUCGGAGGCCUCUUCACUAUUGAAUCGUCCGGUUUGUCGGAGGCGUCCAAAGCCAUCGAAGCUGAAGUCGCUGCCAUCACUUCAGUCGUAGGAGGGGUCACUUCCGUUGUAGGAGGAGUCACUUCUGUUGUAGGAGGAGUCACUUCCGUUGUUGGAGGUGUGACCACUGUCAUUGGCGGCGUUACCUCUGUCGUUGCCAAAGCCACCCCCACGCCUUAA